AUGGCCAAAGAAAAACUUCAUGAAGAAAAUAAUAAGAAUGUUCAUUUGAGGUUGCUUGGUAAAAGAGGUAGAGAUGGGAGAACUUAUAAUCUUCCUUCUGUGUCUGAGGUUGCUGUUCUUAUUGUGGGAGAUUUAGAUGCAGCUUUUGGUGAUAGAGACAUUAUAAUAGAAUGUAAGUCUGGGAAAUUGCAGCGUAUAAAUGAGCUCUAUCCUUCUUAUCUUCCACUUCAAUAUCCCCUUUUAUUCCCAUAUGAUGAGGAUGGUUAUACAUAUGACAUUCCAUUUGCGAAAUCUACUGGACAUGAUUCUACAAAAUUUAUGGUUCAUGGUCCUUGUGGUAUUGUUAGAAAAUCAUCUCCGUGUAUGGCUAACGGAAGAUGUACGAAAUACUUCCCUAAGAAGUAUAUUGCAGAAACCAAUUUUGAUGAUGAUGGUUAUCCUAUUCACAGGCGUAGAGAUAAUGGCCGUGUUAUCUUGAAGGAUGGGGUGCCUUCAGAUAAUCGAUUUGUAGUUCCACAUAAUCGUUUUCUUCUUAUGAAGUAUGGAGGACAUAUUAAUGUGGAAUGGUGCAAUCAAUCGCGAUCAAUCAAGUAUUUGUUUAAGUACAUAAACAAGGGUUAUGAUCGCGUGACAUCUUUUUGUGAAACUGGUUCUAAUGGUGUGGAAAAGAUUGUGGAUGAGGUUAGUUUGUUUUAUGAUUGUAGAUACAUAUCGUCCUGUGAAGCCGCUUGGAGAAUAUUUGGAUAUGACAUUCAAUAUAAGAAUUCGGCUGUUGAAAGAUCGAGUUUUCAUCUACCAAAUGAACAAUAUGUGGUUUUUGAAGAUUCUGAGCCAUUGGAACGUGUUGUGAAUCGCAAUUCAGUUCGUGAAAGCCAGUUUUUGGCUUGGAUGGAAGCAAAUAAGAAAUUUGUGGGAGGAAGAGAUCUCACUUAUGUAGAAUUCCCAAGGAAGUUUGUAUGGAACACUGAUCAUUGGAAACUUAGAAAACAAAGGUAUUCUAUCGGAAGAUUUUUCUAUGUUCCUCCUGGUUCCGGUGAUAUGUAUUACUUGAGAUGUUUACUGAAUGUCAUUCGUGGUGCUACAUCUUAUGAAGAUAUUAAGUGUGUUAAUGGUAUUCAGUAUGCUACAUUUCGAGAUGCUUGCUAUGCAUUGGGGUUGUUGGACGAUGAUAAAGAAUACAUUGAUGGCAUUACCGAGGCUUCUCUUUGGGCUUCGGCUCAUUCAAUACGAUUGUUGUUUGUAAGUUUGUUACUAUCAGAAACCCUUGCACGGCCAGAUAUUGUGUGGACAAGCUGUUGGAAAUAUUUAUGCGAAGAUGUUGUCCAUAAACAACGCAAAAUCUUACAUCAUCCAGUUUUGGUGUUGGGGGACGAUGAGAUUCAAAAUUUAGGAUUGCUUGAGAUUGAGAAAUUGUUAGUUAACGGUUGA